AUGGGCGAUAGCGGAAUAGACAUCGGACAUGCCCAGGGUCCCCCGGUUUCUUUGCGUCUGGCGACGACGUGCGGUGCGGAGAUGCCUAUUUCCCCGGCCAAUGUAUCUGCAUCGAGCAUCGCUUCUCACCCGGGUCCGCUCAUGGGCGUUGGCGGAGCAGACAUGAGAGGGGCGCCGGGGUCCUCGGGUGGUUUUCCUCGGGCGACGAUGUGUGGUGCGGGGAUGCCGCCUCUGUCCCCGGCCAAUGUGUCUGCACCCAGCAUCGCCCCUGGCCCGAGGAGGGCUCAGCCGCGUCCGGCCCUUGCAAUGCCACAGCUUCUUCCGGUACCUCAGACCACAGUUAGUAGCGGAGGGGUGGGGGGGAAGAGAGCAGCCGCGGAAACACUAGCACAUGUGGACCUCAUUCCAACCACUGAUCAUGACAGCGACAAUCAGCGACGGACUGACGGCCCCGGCACAUCCGCCAGCACAUCGACGGGGGGGAGGCGAAAGGGGCAGCUGGCUCAACAAGCCAGCACCUGCCACGGGUGUAGGAUCAAUAAACCCACGGGCAACGUUAGGCAUGCUUGCCAGGGUGGGGACGAGGGUGGUGAGGCGCGGGGAUGCAACUAUUGGGUGCGCCAGAAGUGUAUGGGAAGAUGGAUGCAAGCGUCUGGACAGCCGAGAGGAUUCUGGUGCUGCCUACAUUCGGGUAGGGAGUGGUGCCCGUGCGCCGAGAGGAUUUCCACGAAGAGGAGCAAGGCAGUUUCGGUGGUGGAUCGAUCCAGGCUAGCGCAGAAUCGUCAGGAGAGCACAGAUGUGUACGAGUUCCCGACAACAACCUCAUCUCCCACGGCCGCAACGACAGCUGCUUCUCCCACACCACCCUCUGGACCGGGCACGACUUACUCCGUGUGCACAUCGAACGGCCAGAACCGCGUCGCCGUGAUCAAGGCUGGUGCCCGGUUCUUGUGCUCACGGCCCGAUUGCAGACGAAUCGAGGGUCUCAGCUCCGCAGCGACUGGUGACACGGCCUCUGCGCUGCCAUCUCGCUGCGCUCAUGCAGAAGUCGUCAUCGAGGCAGAGAAAACAUCUAUGCCGAUGCCCAAAGCAGAUGCUCUUCUCUCGGCGGGCGAUUUUGAGAGCGCGUUGGAUAAAGUUCCGGCGGGAACUUUCAACCAACGCACGGUGGCAUCCAUGCGCGCACGCGCUGACCAGGCGGCGAAAGAAGGCCUGCCGUUGCUUGUCCGCGUCGGGAACACGAAGUACUUUGCGGUGAGGGACGGCCAGAAGUUCAACCGCACCGUGAUUGGAGAGUGGGGGCACGUGAAGUACGACCAGCGCGGGAGCAAAGUAUUCCAGUGCAAGGCGAGUGACGGGAGCCCGUGCAGCGACGGUGCGUCAAGGAAAAGCACCGGCCGGUGUAUUCACGCCGCCAUCGUUGCGGUGUACAUUUACGACCGGUACAAGUCCGGCGUUGCGGGGGAAGAGCUGGAGCUGGAGCGUGAUGGCGACAUGGACGGCAUGGAGUUCGGGCCAGAGGGGGAGGGGUGGGGGGCUGAAGGCACCAUCGGUGGUGACACGGGGUUCGCAUCGUACACUCAGGGUGAAAAUCCUCUGUAUUUCGGAGAAAAAAUGGCUCAGCUCAGAGUGAUCACGGCUGUCUACAAGUUUCCCGUGGCUGAGCCUGAGCUCAAGCCAGGAACGUACGGGCGCAAAAGGAUUCACGUCAACGCAUGCUUUUGCACAGGUUGCGGACAGAAGUACCAAGAACUUCCCGACGGCGAAGCAACCCUUCUCGGCCAGCGGACAAACGGGGGGGCAGAACUGCGAGUGGUGAAGGUCGAGCGGAAGGGAUGCAAGAGGUGCAAGCUGAUCGGAUGGGCGGGCGACGAUAUCUAUGCGGACGGCGUAUUCAACUACAACAACAAUGUUGUGCUUGCACUUUCUCUCCUGUACACCAUCCGUAGGGCGGUCAGUGCCGAUACUCCUGUAUCAACCUGGGUGAGGACCUUCCUCAGGCCCCUGCUGGAUGACCUGACAUGGCUGGACGCCUCGAACGAAAACCGCGCAUUGGCUUCACGGAAGCUGAGUUUCUCGAGCGUUCUCCUGCGGGGACACCUGUCCGGCAAACAGAACUUAGAGGUCGGCUUGUAG